CCCGAAACAAUUCACAGGCACAGUUAUCACUAAGCCCAAACCCAUCUCACUCACUCUCGUUCUCCGCCAAUCUCUGAAGCAGCUUCUUCGUCAAUGGCUUCCCUUCUCAACACAGUGUCAUCAGUCAGACUCUCCAACGCCAGGACCACUCCGCGUUUCCUUCCCCCGAUUUCUCUUUCUCUCCACAGGAGGAGACUUGUGGUUAGGGCUGCUGAGACUGAUGCAAAUGAAGCCGUGAAGUCUGAGGCACCGGAUAAGGCACCGGCCGGCAGUGGUUCGAACUUCAAUCAGCUUCUCGGCAUUAAAGGAGCUGCCAAAGAAACGAAUAAAUGGAAGAUUCGUCUUCAACUUACAAAGCCUGUUACUUGGCCCCCGUUGGUUUGGGGAGUGGUUUGUGGAGCUGCUGCUUCUGGGAACUUCCACUGGAAUUUGGAGGAUGUUGCCAAAUCAAUUGUUUGCAUGAUUAUGUCUGGCCCAUGUCUCACUGGCUAUACACAGACACUCAAUGAUUGGUAUGAUCGAGAGAUUGAUGCAAUUAAUGAACCUUAUCGUCCUAUUCCUUCAGGGGCAAUAUCCGAAAAUGAGGUUAUUACUCAAAUCUGGUUGCUUCUGCUUGGAGGUCUUGGCUUGGCUGGUUUGUUAGAUGUUUGGGCAGGGCAUGACUUUCCUAUAGUUUUUUACCUUGCUCUGGGUGGAUCUUUGCUGUCUUACAUAUACUCUGCUCCGCCUUUAAAGCUCAAACAGAAUGGGUGGAUUGGAAAUUUUGCUCUAGGAGCUAGCUAUAUUAGUUUGCCAUGGUGGGCUGGUCAAGCUUUGUUUGGGACUCUUAAUCCUGAUAUAAUUGUUCUCACCCUCUUGUACAGCAUAGCUGGGCUGGGCAUCGCCAUUGUAAAUGACUUUAAAAGUGUUGAAGGAGAUAGAGCAUUGGGACUUCAGUCCCUACCGGUGGCAUUUGGUGCUGAAACUGCUAAAUGGAUUUGUGUGGGUGCUAUUGACAUCACUCAGUUAUCAGUGGCUGGGUAUCUACUAGGGGCUGGUAAACCAUAUUAUGCCUUAGCCCUUGUUGGUUUGAUAAUUCCACAAGUUAUUUUCCAGUUCCAAUACUUUCUCAAAGAUCCCGUCAAGUACGAUGUCAAAUAUCAGGCUAGCGCACAGCCAUUUCUUGUGCUUGGUCUUUUGGUGACGGCUCUGGCAACUAGCCAUUGAUUCACGUGGCAACUACCAUAUGAAGCAAGGAGAGAAUGCGUACGGUGGCAGACUGAAUAUCCACUGUUGCACACCUAGUAUGCCACGUGUCACGGCCUCUGCUACACAUGUAUGUUAAUAACGUGCCAAAUUUUCCUUUUUCCUCAUUGCCUUAAUCUAAAUCCAUGUCGGCCGGUUAUUUCCACCGUUCUCUUCACUUUUUUUUUGGGUCACUCUUUUAGAAUAGUAGAGUCCAAAGCCAUAAAAUAGCAUCGUAAAUUUGGGGUAUUCAGUGGACUGUUGAGCUUGCGGGUCCCUUUUUCUCGUAUUGCUUGCAUGUCCCAUUCUCAGGCGCCAUAUAUAUAUUCAAGGGAAGAAACGGAAAAACAUGCCCCCUAUGUUUGGCUGCUUUCCCAUUUGCUUAAUGUUUGUUAGUAAUAAAAUUAGAAGGUAACUAGUGGGAUUGUAAAGCUCUAUUAUUAUCCUGGCAAGGCCUAACAGAGUUGUAAAAACUAAAAAUAGAAUCAUGCAAACAUCUAUUUGUUUAAUUUUCCUAUUAUUUGUGGUC